AGCAUUUGGCAUCUCUGGUCAAUUGCCAUUUGCCAAACAUUAAAUCAUUCGUCCUGAUCACUUGAUAAAUAAAUAGUAAAGUUUAGUAAAUUAGGCAAAUGGCUGUUCAAAAUAGUUUUUUUUCCAUGAAGUAAAAUACGGUAAAUAGCUCAGAGUACUUAAAAUUGACUCGAUAUUCUUCAUAUUACCGUUGUCUUUACUUGGAUAACAAAUGGCGAAAAUGUAUGUGUGUUAGGUUGAAGUUAAUAGCGCAGUGCAUUCACAGUUAACUGUUUGGUAAAAUCAAAAGAAAGACCUGAAGAAAGGCGUUAAAUGAAUAUGGCCCGUGAAUACGACCAUUUAUUCAAACUGCUUAUAAUUGGUGACAGUGGUGUUGGAAAAUCCUCAUUACUAAUACGUUUCUCCGACAAUACCUUUUCUGGUAGUUAUAUCACAACAAUUGGCGUUGAUUUUAAAAUACGAACUGUAUCAAUUAACGGGGAGCGGGUAAAACUUCAAAUAUGGGAUACAGCUGGUCAGGAGCGAUUUCGAACUAUAACGAACACAUAUUAUCGCGGAACACACGGCGUUAUAGUCGUGUAUGAUGUCACCAAUGGAGAAUCUUUUGCUAACGUCAAGCGAUGGCUUCAAGAGAUAGAAUCGAACUGUGACGUUGUAAACAAAGUCUUAGUUGGAAAUAAAAACGAUGAUCCUAACCGGAAAGUGGUAAUUACCGAAGACGCAGAGCGUUUUGCCAACCAGAUGGACAUCCAAUUAUUCGAAACAUCAGCCAAAGACAAUAUAAAUGUAGAAGAAAUGUUUUUAGCAAUAACUGAACAAGUAUUAAGGCACAAAAAACUAACUCAGAAACAGGUUCAAUCAGAUCAAAAUAAUGACACCGUCAAUUUGCGUAAAGGAGGUAAUAUAAAGAAAAAAAGUAAAUGCUGUUAAUAGUAAACUAAUGAAUCCAUGUAGUGUAAUGACAUUGGAGCAGUAGGGAUGAAAAUGCCUAAAUUUUAUAAUGAAAUAAUAAAAACAGCUUAUUAUACAUUCUAUUUAUACGGUUUUUAAAAUAAUUUGAUUACUUAUUAAAAAAUAAGCGUAUUAUUCAACUAAAA